UUUGAGAAUGCAGAGGGAGAUGAAUGCCAGGCCGACAUGUCCACGCUGGCAUCGCCAGCCUCUGCUAGUAGCCCUGAUGUCUACGUCCUGCCACUGAGUGAAGUCUCACUGCCUGUCUCCAAACAACCCAGCCGCUCAGUGUCAAACAAGUCACCAUUCUACACUAGAGGCACUUCUUCAUGCUGUCAGACAUGCCAGAAGGCACAAGGGCUACAGUUGCCCCACCCUCAUCAAGAAUGCUGAAGCCAUCUCAGCCUAAUAGGUUUGGAAACAAUACUCUGAGUGUCUCCCCUGCUCUUGAGGGUACCAAGCGGUGGCAGAGGCAGGACAAAGACCCUGAUUCUCUACAGGGAAAGAGAAUGACUGAUGACUGCUCACUGGAACAUGACAUGGGCGUAAAAUAUGGAUGUCACAAAGACGACACGUCACACAUUCACAAAGAUCCAUCUGUUUAAUGGAAGUCAGGAAAAGACAGAGAUGUUGUUAUGUUACUAGUGCUAGAGCUGCUGAAUUAGAUGGUGCUGGUUGAUUGGGCAGGAUAAAGAUGAGAGACACAGCAGAAAACCCUUCAGUAGCAGUUCCAGGAAGCUGAGAGCAUUUUCCACAAAACGCCGCACUGCCUAUUUAUAUCGUCAGUUUAAACAAAAAAAAAUUAGAGUAGUUGACUGAAGGUGAAUGACUGCAAUUGUUUUAGCAAAAAUAGCAGUGUGUUUUUGAGUGUUCUGAACGUUUUGUUUGCAGUUUGAGAUUUUGCUUUUGGUUGAAAAGAGUGUCAGCAUUUUGGAGCUAUGGCAUUUAAUCAGCCUGAGUUAAAAGAGGGAAUUUCUCACACCUGCACUCUCUUCAGCUCUGUGUUGAAUAGCUCAAAGGUCUUAGAAAUGCUAAGAAUUGCUUGUUUAGGUCAGAUUUUUGGAGGAUGAUGAUGCUAUAAGGAAAGACUUUCUUUGCCGGGAUUGUGCACUUCGCUAGAGACAGACAUUUGUCCAACUCCUGAAGUCCACAGAUGCGUCUCACCACAGUUUGCUCUACAUUAAAGAGAUUGGGCAUGGAUGGUUUGGCAAGGUGUUGUUGGGGGAGGUAACCUCUGGCCUCAGCAGUACUCAGGUGGUGGUGAAGGAGCUCAAGACAAGUGCCAGUAUUCAGGACCAGAUGCAUUUCUUGGAGGAAGCACAGCCUUACAGAUCACUACAGCAUCCUGCUCUAGUGCAGUGUUUGGCUCAAUGUACCGAAGUUACACCCUACCUGCUGAUCAUGGAGUUCUGUCCUUUGGGUGAUGUGAAAGGUUAUCUUCGUAGCUGCAGAACCACAGACUCUGUGACUCCUGAUCCUUUGCUCCUUCAACGAAUGGCUUGUCAGAUCUCUUCUGGUCUUCUGCAUCUCCACAAACAUGACUAUAGCCACAGUGAUCUUGCUUUGAGAAAUUGCCUUCUGACAUCAGAUGUUUCUGUCAAGAUCGGAGACUAUGGCCUGUCACACAGCAAGUAUAAGGAUGAUUACUUUGUAACAUCAGAUCAGACCUGGGUACCAUUACGCUGGAUUGCCCCAGAACUGGUGGAUGACGUUCAUGGCAACCUACUGGUGGCGGACCAAACAAAACAAAGCAACAUUUGGUCUCUUGGGAUAACUAUCUGGGAGUUGUUUGAGUUAGGAAACCAGCCUUAUCGACACUAUUCUGACAGGCAGGUCCUCAGCUUUGCUGUGAAAGACCAACAACUUAAACUGCCAAAGCCACUGCUUCAGUUUCCUCUUUCUGAUCGCUGGUAUGAAGUGAUGCAGUUUUGUUGGCUGCAAUCAGAUCAGAGGCCUAAUGCUGAGGAGGUUCACCUACUGCUCAGUUACCUCUGUGCCAAAGGUGCCAGUGAGGCAGAAGAAGAUUUUGAAAGACGCUGGAACUCAAUGAGACCUAACAUGUCUCAUGGCAGUCUGCAUGGGGCUGGUCCCCUGACCCUGGAGAUGCCACAAUCCUUGACAGCCUCAUCCUUAUUCCCCUUACUGGAGCAAUUUUCAGCUGGUGAUUGCUACCAGUCAGAGUCGGGGGAUGACAUUCUCACAGUUACUGAGACCAGUCACGGUCUGAACUUUGAAUACAAAUGGGAACAAGCAAGAGCUAAACAGCCUUAUCCGUCCUCAUCCACCACUGGAACAUUAGGUCAAGGGAAUCCCCAUUGCCAGGAGGUCUAUUACCCUCCAGGAGGUAUGGUAGGUGGAUGUGCGAUUGAUGGACUCACUUUGGGGGUUUCUCCCCAAUACUAUGACCCCAAGCAAUUACACACUCCAGGCGUUGUUCCAGUUCUCAGUGCACAUAGCCCAUCAGUGAAUAGUGAAUAUUAUAUUCGUAUUGAAGAGCCAGUAGAACGCAAUAUUGAGAUGGAAUACACAAUGUGUUCGUACAGCCCUGAAUUUGGGGACAGCAAUGGCAGCUUUCUCACUGGUAGUGGAGACUCAGGGGAUUGUAUAAACUGUCCUUCGAAAAGCAAACCUAUUGAAACAUACUGGUCAGCUGACAUUCAUAAAAACAGUGCCUAUGAUUCAGACAGCAGUCCGACCAUGUCUUUAACAAUGGAGCCACUUCUAGGUCAGGUAACUGAUUCUAGCCCACUUAGGCCCUGGGAAUCAGGCCAUUAUGUAUCAUACAAAGACAGGGAUGGAGGCUAUUACUAUGAGCACUCACCACCUCUGGGUAUGGAUCACUACCUGAUUGGAGGCCGGUCAGAACCCAUGAGAGAGAGCUGGGGGUCACGAAGCCUGAGACAGGCACUAGGUGAGCUAGAAGAACCCUUGGGGAUCUCCACCUCUCUUGGCAGUCCCCCACAGGGCUAUGGUGACCCUUACCUAGAGAGCAGCCAUGGGUCAGUAAUAGGGAAGAAUGUAAUUGGAGGAUAUUAUGACAUGAUGGGCUCUUUGAGAAAGAUCAUGCCAGGGAACCACUCAGUGUGUAUUGACAUGGAACCAGGGGGAGCUGUGUUUGUGGGACAGGAUGACAGUGAUUCAGAAGAGGAGGAGGAUAUAUUCAUUGAAAGGCAGGCAAUGGGCUGGUCCACAAACCACUCAACAAAACAUUUAAGUUUGUCUCGUGGACAGUCAUUGAAGCAAGAUGCAUAUGCAGACUUUCAUUACACUAUGCCAAUGACGGAUGUUGAGGAUGCUUGGCCAGAGAACCACAGUCUCCCAUACCGCUCUACCAAAACACAUAACUACCUGGAAGGCAGAGCCAAAAGCAACACUUGCCCUGUGCAUGGUAGACAAGCAUCAGUAUCAUCAGCAGAAGGCAGCUCCUAUAUUCAUCUAUGUCCUGAACCCAGAGAAGCUGAGGUGUACCCGGUACCUUGUUGUCAGGCAUUGAGCAAUUCCCAUUUUGUAGAUCCUCUUACAGGAUCAUUAGUAAGAAAUUGUUUUAUGAAUGACCCUAUUUCAGACAAAAACACAGGCAUACCAAGCAGGAACCCACAGACAGGCCAAGCCGCUCUAACUGCUGGACAUAUAAAUUCCAAAUCAGAGACAGCAAAAACAAAUUUAAAACAGGCCGAGCACUCAGGACUGAUUGACACUGGAGUCGUAGAGGGAAUUUUUAAACAAGACCGUAAUGAACAACAAGACGCUAGUCAAAUUAACACAAAAACAGAGGUUGUAACCAUAACUCAACAGGUGGAGAAACCCCUACCUGAGAUCUCUUCUAAAGAGCCUGAAUCAGAUAGAAGCUUAAUGGUGGACAGUGGUGUGGAACAUGGAAAUUCCAGCACCAGCCUGGUGGAAAUUGAAAAUUGUAGUGAUGAUGACACCACAGAUGUCACCUCUGGGAUUUUUGGUGAUUUCCCAGGGGAUUAUGCAGAGACAGCUGACUACCCCUCCCCUUCAUUCAAGUCAUUGCAAAAGCAAGUAGGUACACCUGACUCAAUGGAUUCCAUUGAUUUGCCAUCUACUGCAGGCUCCAGUGAGACUCUGAGCCCAACCUCUCUUCAUCCUUCAAAUUCGCCCAAAGCUAUGGAUAGUGGCUAUGACACAGAGAACAACGAAUCUCCUGAAUUCGUCCUCAAAGAGCCCCAUGAACCACAAGAAACCAACACAUGUAUCCAGCCAAUUGGGAUGUCAGUUGCUGACUCAUGUCCAGUAAUAAAAUCAAAAGAAGUAGAUGGGGCAAUGGAUGACACAAAACAAGAGGUUGUGGAGGAAGAAGUAACCAUGAAAACAUCUCAGAGCACUGAAAGGCUGACUGUACUAAGUGAGAACACCCCAUACAGGGAUUCUGCUUACUUUUCUGAUUCUGAUGCAGUGAAAGAUAAAGAUAGUGAUGAAGACAGAGAGAAAGGUAUUGAUGAUCUUGAGAGCAAGCAGGAGAAAGCAAUGCAAGCAAUAGAUCAAAAAACAUUAUCAAUACCAGUGGUAGAACAAGAGAAAGAAAAGUCAAAUUUUCAGGAGACAGAAGACAACAGUGAAAAUACCUACAAUGAUAUUCAGGAAGGGGCUCCAAAAUCUCUAGACUCAGAAGAAAAUGAAAUGGUUUCCAAUCAAUCCCCUGAACCAAGUAUAAUUUCCUCUAUUUCUCCUGACAUAGUUGAAUGCCCUAUAAAUGACACUGACCAGGAUGAAGGCUUUGACCUGAAUUCUGAUGACCCCCCAGAAGUGCCAUCUGAGAGUAAUUUACAUGAUUUAACUGACUUGCCAUUUUCUAAUAACACACAAGAAAACCAAACAACAGAGGAAACAGACGGCACCAUUACUUUGGAACCACCGAGUUUAGUUGAGGACACUAAUGUUGAGACAUGUUUUGAUACCUUAAUCAUUGCAAAUGAAGUGAACCAGGAGAAGCAAGUCACUGAAGAAGCCACAUCCAGCAUAAAUCCAGAAGAACUAUCAGUUCAGGACAACAAUGAAAUAGUAAAGAUGCCUAUAUCAGAUUCAACUGAGACUAUUUCAAUAGAUAAAAUUGUCAACAAGCCAGAUGGUAAUGCAAAACGCUCCACUCGUCCUUCUUCACCUCCUCCUCUCCCAUCGCCUGAGGGACGAGGGUCCCUAAUAGAGCGAGGAGAAGCUGAUGAUGAGGACAGGGAUUCAGAGGACAGUGAUGAAUCAGAUGAGGAGCUGCGCACCUACAGUAUCCACGAGCAGAGUGAAGAGAGUGAUGAUGAAAUCUUUCCAGUGCCCAUCAUUGUGAGCGACUGCAGUGAUGCACACAAACUCAGAAGCAUCCUCAAGAUGCCCAGCCUGUGUAUCGAUAACCUUGGUGAUGAGUUUGUGUCUAAGAAUAAGGUGGUGUCCUUCUUUGAUGAUGUCACCUGUUACUUGUUUGACCAAGAAAGUCCAACUGGAGAACUAUCAGAACAUGCCUUUCCCCUGGGUGGUGAAACAAGGACAAAGGAUACAAGGUGCACAGUAUCGAACCAGCAGGAAAAGGCAAAUUCCACUGAUGACUCUUCAGAUGGAAACAUUUCAGAAGAGAGUACAGGGUAUGAGUGGGACGAUGAUUUCUCUUUGCUGCCACUACCAACUUCCUCUAAGGAUUCACCCCCAGACAUCAAGGCUAAACCAAGCCUUCCACCCAGUGCAACAAAUAACAAGCCUGUAGUUAAAUUCUCACGUUUCACAGUUUCUCCAUCCCCAAUUUCACGUUUCUCAAUCACUCAUGUUUCGGACUCAGAUAUCGAUUCUGCAGGAGGAAGCAGCGAGGACGGGGAUAGAGAAUGAGCACUGCACACCACUGCCAUCUAUAUGGAGUGCUCUGCAUGCACCUCUUUUCAUUGAAAAAGAUUCAAGAAGGUUUGGAAUCCUAUCAAGGGCAGUGCCUACUACUGUUUGCAACUAGUCACACAAUGAUCCUUAAAGAACCAAUUCCAAAUGAACACUCCUGUGAAAUUAACACGUUAUAAAUUGUGAAAAUCCCUCAUAAUACCAUAUUUGUUAAAACCCUACCUAUUUUGAGCUGGUGACAAUUUUGAAGGAACUACAGUAUAUGUACCAUGAAGACAUGGGAUCCUUAUGACAUUUACAUUAAAAAACAUUAAAUAUUUUCAUGAAUGAUGGGUAUGCUCUUGAAAUCAGUGAUACAAUCAAAAAUGUUUUGUUCCAGAAAAAAAAAUUGUAAAGCAAAUCAAGAGACUUUUUUUUCAAUGACUGUGACUGUGAAGUAAUGACGAACUAAUGAACAAUGUUGCAACAAUUUUGUCCAACAAUUUAUGGCACUAAAUGAAGAGAAAUUAGGUUAGCUUAUUGUUUGUAAAUGGAUGAUGUUACAUUUAAUUAUGAGAAAGGAAACUCACUUUCUUUUCACAUUCUAUUUAUUUGAUAAGGCAUCAGAGCAAAAGCCUUGUGCCUAUGUCACCUAACAGAAAACUGGCAGACUUUUUCAAGCUGCUUAAAGUUUUGGGAGGGAGGAAACACAUAGCUGCCUUGAGUCAGCCAUCUACUUGUAAGUAGCAGAUUAUACAGGGUCAUGAAACAUCAUGAGACUUAGACCAGCUGCUUUAUGUUAAAAUGUUAAACUUAAAAUAAGAUCUCUAAAUAAAAUUUGUUUUUUUCAUUGGUUUAAAUUUUUGGAAAGUCAAUGUUUGCCUGGUUGAUAAAUACAGUUCUACGAACUACUAUUUCAGUAUUUACUUAUUAUUAUUUAAAUUUCAAUUAUUGUCAGUAUCAUGCAAAAAAUUUAUUCAUGUUUUUUUCCAAAAACAAUGGUUUCUCACGUCUUACUGUCUACCCUGCCUUGGUUAAGUUAAAAUAACCUAAAUUCUACAAUGCAAUUCAGCAGUGUAACAUAAAAACUUUAUUUAGUUUUAUUUUGGCAAUAGGACAAGAACUGCUUUAAAAAUCCAAAAAUAGGAAAAGGCAAUUCGAUCUCUUUCAAUGCUUGAAAUCAUUUCAAAGUCCAAGCUAAUGGACCUUUUAAUACUUUAGACUACAAAACAUGCUUUUCAUGAUGAGCAUGUAUACCUGAUGCUGUACAUGUCUGCUACAUUAUGAGGACCAGAGCUGGGAUGUGUAAUGUUUUUGUUUUUAUUUAUUUAUUUAUUUUAAUUGUUUUAUUUGAUACUCAAUUCCUGUCUUGUCACUUUUGAAAAAUUUAUAAAGAAAUAGAAGAAAGAAAAACAUUCUAAUGGCAAUUAGUGCACAGCCUAUGGACAAGUAUUAUUAUGGUUAUUUAUUAGGAUAGACAAAAACUACUCAAAAAAAAUGUACUGUACUUAUUGUUAUGUUGCAGAAUUACUGUCCAAUACAAGUUUCAUUUUCUUGUGAACACUGUUGGGGAGUGGGGGUAAAAUAAUUUUCUCUCUAAAUAUGAACUCGUUUGACAAGGUAAAGAGGAAUUCAAUGCACUCUGAAAAUCUCUGUACUCUGGACCCCAAGCUAAAAGUGAAGAAAAAAAAAAGAAUAAUACCAUCCUAACUAUCCUCUCAUGUUCAAUGUUUGUUUGCCUCUUCUGGCAUCACUGUUCUAAAUAGAUUAGCCUAGAUUGAACUAGACAGCAAUCUGUACUAUUUUUGUAUUCUAUAAAACAGUUUUAAAAUCCUAAACUGUAUUAAAUUGUUGCUGGACUGUAAGAGUUUAUCAUCAUAUAUCUGUUGCCAAAGAGAAACAUUAUAGUGGUACACCUGGGGUUGUUGGCUGAAAUUACUGGACACCGACAGUGCUUGAUAAUCAUAGAGUAAUGGACAGUGUUCUUGCUUGUAGUUUGUGACUGAUUCAUAUGAAAUCCAGCACAAACGGGGCCUCAGUCAUUAGAAUACUCAUGAAUCUGUGUGAGAUUAUGGUGAUUUUCAUGGUGAAGGAAAACAUAUUUGGUUGAAUGAUGCUAUUGAGUAGGAAUCUAUAAAGAUAUAAACUGGAUAAAGUUAUAUGUUGUGUGAAGGUUUCCAUAAAUAUCUGUCCCUCUUGGGUGUCAAAUGAACAAAAAAAAAAUAAAAAAUAAAUAAAUGAA